UUGCAAUUUUGAUCCUCUUAUAUAUAUAGGUAACCUUUGCAUUUUUGUUCUUCCGGAACGCUACGCCCUCUUUGCAGCCUCAAAGCAGAUUUAGCUUCGUCUUUACACUCUUUUAAGGUUUUUGUGGGUUUUUACAUUUACCAACAGACAAAAAUGUCUGGAGAGGAUGCUGCUGUUGCUGUUCCUGUUGCGGAGACUCCUGCUCCAGCAGCACUUGGAGAGCCCAUGGAUAUCAUGACUGCUUUGCAGCUGGUUCUCAGGAAGUCUAAAGCUCAUGGAGGUCUUGCUCGUGGACUCCAUGAAGGUGCUAAGGUCAUUGAGAAGCAUGCUGCACAGCUUUGUGUCCUAGCUGAGGACUGUGACCAACCUGAUUAUGUCAAACUUGUGAAAGCACUUUGUGCUGAUCACAAUGUCAGUUUGAUUACUGUCCCCAAUGCUAAAACUCUUGGUGAAUGGGCUGGUUUGUGUAAGAUUGAUUCUGAAGGGAAAGCCAGGAAGGUUGUUGGUUGCGGCUGUGUUGUCGUGAAGGAUUACGGGGAAGAGACCGAGGGUCUCCACAUCGUCCAAGAGUACGUGAAAUCUCAUUAGAUAGAACUUGGGGAUGGAGCUUAGGACUAUGGAGCUAGAGAUCCCCUGAGGCUAUCUUUUUGAUAUUUAUCUGUACUUGCACUAGAGUUUUGAGUUUGAGAUUUCAAACAAGUCACUUGUUAUGUCCCUCCAAUUUUGUUAUCUCAUCAGGGAUGAUCAUCUAAUACUGCUUGAAACUGCCCUCUAGUUUAUAAUCUUGCUACCUUUUAUCUGCUAAAAAGUUCACAUUUCAAAAGAAAAAUAUUACUUUCUGGAA